AUUGCCCGCUAGUAACACAAAACCACUUUUCCGCCUGGUUGCCUGACACCUAACGCUGGGACUGCCAUGCGCACUGCUGUCCCGCCACUUCAUAGGAGGCUGCAGCCCCUCUCAGCUGAUGAGGUACUUAAUCUGAGCAUGUCCCAACAUGUCAAGUUGAGAAAAGGGGCGUGGUAUUGGAGUGGAUGACAUAACGCAAGCGAGGGCGCCAUUGGGUGGGGGCGUGGUUAGGCAUUGGGCGGGGUUUGGUCCAAGUUGGCUGGUUGCGGCGCUGCUCUCCAGUUGGCUGAGCGCACGCUUGUAUACACACACACUUACUCACACGGGUUAUUCCUUCGCUGUCUGUUUUCUCAGGACUUGUACAUGUGGAUUAGGGGGUUCGGCGCAAUUAAUGUGAUAUCUUUGCCGAGUGCCGGCGGCCGGUGCUGUGAGCGAGAAAACCUAUCCAACAAUGGCAAGACUUUUGAAUGACAGGAAGCCAUCUGAACCUGUAGGAAAUAUUCAGGUUGAGACGAGCCCCGCUUUUCCUGCUGGUGUUGCUGAAACCCCCUGUGGUGGAAUCUGUGAGCAAAACCUUCCCUCAAGCCACCCAUCUACCACCAACCACUCUCAUCCAUCAUUCCUUCAGAUCAACCCGUGCCAGAUCAGACUUGGGGCAGAGAGCAACUGUGAAGAGUCUGGACCUUCUUCUGCACCAUGUGCAAAUAGCCACUGCCACUUCUCUGGCUGCUAUAAUACAGGAGAAAGCACAGCUCUCAGUCUCACACAUUCGUUAAGUGAAAACUCAGGGAUGGAAGAUAAUGUCCGUAUCCUGAAUCAAGAGGAUUUUGCAGGGGACAUUGAAGGUGGGGCAAUGGUGUUGGCAGGUGAAGAAGACCUAGAACGGGAGAUUGCCAUGCGACUGCGCCUGAUUGGGGAUCAGAUGAAUGAGCUGUAUAUGCAGAGGAGAAUUGGUGGAGAACGGCACUGGUGGGGACCUCUGCGAUGGCGUCUAACUCAGUUCAUUUCUGAAAUCCUCUCUGCUUUGUACAAUCCACUGAUAGACAUUUUACCACAGCACUGAGACUGGUACAGAGGAAAGAGAAACGGGAGUUUUCUUCAGAAGAUGCCCAUGUCUGCUUCUGUUCUACUUCAAUUGGGCUUCUGCUGGACGGAAGCCUGGGAGCAGCUGAGGGCCUUCAAAUCCCUUGGGUUGAUAUUCUACGUCGUGUGGACCCCAACUUGUCAGACGAAUUGGGAGAGUCUCUUGGCACGACCCUCCCAUUGCCGUGAGAUGGAUUUCCACGCUGGGAAUGACAUGAGAGCAGUCAGCUUUGUGGAUGUAACCAGGACACUGGAUUUGAUUGCUGCCUUAUUUUUCCAUCUCUUGAAGGGAGAUCAAACCUAUUUCUAAGACAUUAUGCAGACUUAGGACAAAUGGCAUUUACUUGUUAAUUGCUGUGUCCCUUUUCAAGUGAUAAAAUACGGGUUAAUAUGAGGGAAGAUACUGGCACAACUUCUGUAGUUGGGGGAGAGCACAAGUCCUACAAAUAUGAUUCGCAUUUUCUGUAGCAAACUGUUGGCAGGAUCAGCGAUGUAGCUGUUAUCUCAAGGUAAACAAAGGACCUUCUGAGUGUAUUAUAUAUAUAUAUAUGUAAGAUUUUGCCAGUGUCCUUAAUGCAAGAGCCCUGACACCCCCCACAGGUGGUGCAGACAUUUCUAUGGCUGGAUUUGGCAUAUUUCUGAGCCAUAUCAAAUUGCCGUCCAUGCUGGUUUCCUGAAACUCAUACAAGCCAUAAAGAAGUGGGUUCUCUGUUGUAGAACCCUAUGUGCAUGCUGGUUUUUAGGUUUAUUUACCAAGCUACAGUUCCCGUUUAUGUACAAAAACUUCAGCAUGUUUGUGCGCUAGCAACCUCUUAAAGCACUUCUCCUGGAUAAGCCUAUGAUGGCCUGCAAUUCAGUUCCUAAAAAAAGCACUUCUGUUCCAUAAAGGUUGGCCUCCAACUGGAUUGUCGCACAUUUCUGCUUAAAGGAAUAGUAACGCCAAAACCUGAAAGUGUUUUAAAAUAAUAACAAUAUAAUGUAAUGUUGCCCUGCACUGGUACAACUGGUGUGUUCGCUUCAGAAACAAAUCUAUAGUUUAU